UUUACGAAAAUGGGGAUUGGAAUCAAAGUAACUAAGUUAGUAACAAUUGUGACUUGUGUGUGAGUGAAGUUAAACAGUAAAGUGAAGGUAGCUAGCUACAUCUACAUGCAAAGCUAAGCUAAAUUAUGAGGAAAGGUGCUGUUACCUUUGCAGUUGGCGUUGUCUGAAGUUGUCUGUGUCUCUGUGUAUUGCAAGUCACUGUCUCCGCUUUAGCAAUACUAGAAACCAGUCCUGUGCUUGUGCUUAACGAGUUCAUCACCAGUCCCAUCUUCAAAAUCAUUUGCGUUUCUCUUUUUUUCUGGAGAGUUUUGAUUUUUGAAGAAGGGAGGGUGGUCCUACUUCUUAUUGUUUGGAGGGCAGUAACAGUCCCUGUCAAUGAUUUUUACUUGGGUGGUGAAUGAGAAUGACCCACCCAAUCAAUAUCACACUCACACUUGCUUAUUGCUGCUGCUGCUGGGGUGGGGAUUUUAAUCAAUGAACCAAACCUCCUCCUCCUCCUCCUCCUCCUCCUCUUCUUCUUCUUCUUCACCCUUUCUUUUCUCUCUGGGUCUUUUUCAUCACUAGCAAAACUUGGACUUGGAAUUGGAGUUGGUUCAAAAAGGGAAACCUGGAUCUCAGUCAUAUGAGGAUACCUUCAACUCUCGUGGAAGUGCUUCUUGUAUUUGCAUUGUUCUGUUCUAGCCCAUGGACAGUGUGGAGCAGCAACACUCUUUGCCAACAGACGAACGAGGAAGUUCGACCUCACAGUGUCAGCAUCACUGAAUUUGGUGCAGUUGGCGAUGGGGUCACUCUCAACACAAAAGCAUUUCAGAAUGCCAUCUUCUACCUAAAUUCCUUUGCAGACAAAGGUGGAGCAAAGCUUUUUGUUCCGGCUGGCCGGUGGUUAACUGGUAGUUUUGAUCUCAUCAGUCAUCUAACUUUGUGGUUGGACAAGGAUGCAGUAAUUCUUGGAUCAACGAACCCUGAAGAUUGGCCAGUUGUUGAUCCUCUACCGUCGUAUGGGAGAGGAAGAGAAUUGCCAGGUGGAAGGCAUAAGAGCCUCAUUUAUGGGCACAAUCUGACUGAUGUUAUCAUAACAGGUAAUAAUGGAACUAUCGAUGGUCAAGGGAGUAUCUGGUGGAACAGGUUUAUGAACAGAACUCUGGAUUAUACACGUCCCCAUUUGGUAGAAUUGAUGAAUUCAACAGGGGUUCUCAUUUCAAAUUUAACCUUCUUGAAUUCUCCAUUUUGGACAAUCCAUCCUGUAUAUUGCAGCCAAGUUACAGUUCAGAAUGUCAGGAUCCUUGCUCCUCAUGAUUCACCAAACACGGAUGGAAUUGAUCCAGAUUCUUCUGACAACGUAUGCAUUGAAGACUGUUAUAUAAGCACUGGUGAUGAUCUGAUUGCCAUCAAGAGCGGGUGGGAUGAGUAUGGCAUUGCAUACGGUCGCCCAAGCACAAACAUUAUCAUCCACAGGCUAGUUGGUAAAACUCAAACAAGUGGGAUUGCUAUUGGAAGUGAGAUGUCUGGUGGUGUAUCUGAAGUUCAUGCAGAAGAUAUUCAAUUCUAUGAUUCAUAUAAUGGAAUCAGAAUAAAGACUUCUCCUGGCAGGGGUGGUUAUGUUAGAAAUAUCUAUGUCUCUAACGUGAGCUUGGCUAAUGUAGAUAUUGCUAUUUGGUUCACUGGUUCAUAUGGGGAGCAUCCGGAUGAUGCUUAUGACCCAAAUGCUCUACCUGUAAUAGAAAAAGUUACAAUCAAGGAUGUGGUAGGAGAAAAUAUCAAAACUGCAGGUCUUAUAGAGGGUAUAGAAGGUGACAAUUUUGUCAACAUUUGCCUGUCAAACAUUAUCCUUAACGUGACCUCAAACUAUCCAUGGAACUGCUCCUACGUUAAAGGAUAUUCUGACUUAGUCCAGCCAGAAGCUUGUGAGCCUCUCAAGGAGAGAAUAUUCCCUGAUCAUUGUUCAGAUUGUUACUAUUUGACAAAUCAAAUUCAGAGUUCGAAUAGUCAAAAUAGAGGUGCUUGGUUUAUGUCUUGGUAAAUUGUGGAGUUUAUAGCAUUAUUAUGCUACCAAAACUCACUUUAUAGCUGAAAUUUGAUUGGUGCAUUUUUUCAGCAGGACAAACUUCAGGUGACAUAAGAGGUUGAGUGGAGUUGCCCAACUGUGAUUGUCCAUCUGCAGAAAGAUACCGAGAAAUGAUUGGUUUUUGUAACUUGUGUGCAGUAACAAAAUAAUUGAGUGAUUUAUCAGAAAUAGGAAGUUGGAUGAUUUCAUGUCUUGCUUUUUCUAGCUACAUAUGGCUUUGGAAAAGAAAAUUGCAAAGUUUUGUGUUUCUAAUGAUUCUAAGGGAAAGAAUGUGUUUGGCUAUUGAUAGAGGUGAGAUAUGGCUACCCUGACAUAAUUCCCUCUUGCCAAAAAUGUUAUCGGACACAGGAGAUUUUGCAGUAGUACGAGGCUGGUGCUUGUUGGCUUUACAUCCCUUUUGAUUGAAUAAGGAAUCCAAUAAAUAAACUUCCUAGAAAGGUGGAAUUUACUCAAAAUUA